AUGAAAGGUGCGUUAGACUGCAGAGCAGCUGAGAACACAGUAUGGUGGGCGUUGAUAUUUCUUUCAUUUUACACUCUUACCAACGUUGCUUACAGCCAAACAAGCACAAAUAAGUUGCUGAUAGGGUUCCAGGCCCCUUGGAACGCUUCAUAUCCAUUCAGUGUGCUGAAACUGGGCUCUGCCAUACAGAUCGCCAUAGACAAAGUCAACUCGAAUCCAUCGUUCAUUGAAAAUUAUACUCUUGACUUUGUGUAUGUGGACACUGACUGUAAUGCAAAGGUUUCACUUGGAGCUUUCAUAGACCAAAUGUGGAAGGACAAUAUAUCAGCGCUCUUUGGGCCACCUUGUCCUGAGGAGGCAGAGGUCACCGGCCUCAUUGCAUCCACAUGGAACAUCCCAAUGUUUGGCUUUGUGGGACAGACACCCAAAAUGGACAAUGUUCGUGUUUAUGAUAGUUAUAUUAAAGUCGUGCCUCCUCUUAAGAGAGUGGGAGAAAUUUUGGUUAAGACGCUGGAGUUCUUCGGGUGGAAGUAUGUUGGCAUCAUUGGAGGAGGUGCGGACUCCAACACAUGGGACAAAGUGGAUGCUCUUUGGAAAUCUGUGGAACAGCAACUCCAAGCGAAGGUAACUGUGACCGCUAGCAUCAGGUUUGAUUCGGGUGACCCUCAACUCAUUCACAGGAACCUGCAUCACAUCUCCAAGGUUGCAAGAGUCAUCAUAGUGUUAAGUAACGCUGAGGAUUCCACUAAGCUGGUGAUAGAGGCUGAGCGGCAGGGGCUGAUGAACGGAGAGUAUGUUUUUCUUCUGGUACAGCAGUUUGAGGUCAGUGGCAAUGUGGAUAACCUGUGGAAAUGUGCAGUCAGCGACAACAACCAAACAGCACUGAAAGCCUUCGACAUGGUGUUUGUAAUUGCAGAGAAGUCCUAUGAAGGAUAUGAUUACUAUGACUUCUUUGAACGUGUUUAUGAGAGGCUGAAAGGGGCUCCUUUUUACAGCAAUCUUUCUUCAGACAGAGAGGUAAGCCCUUAUGCUAGCUAUCUGCAUGAUGCAGUCCUGCUAUAUGCCAUGGGCCUUAAAGAGGUUCUCAAAGAUGGCCAAAACCCUCGGAAUGGACGAGAGCUUCUCAAGAAGCUCAGAGACAAAAACAGCAUCAGGUUCUAUGGAGCCUCGGGUCUAGUUCACUUUGAUGAAUAUGGCGACAGGAAUAUGGAUUAUUCUGUAUAUGACUUGCAAAAAAGUGACAAUGUGGUGAAGUUUGUGCCUGUUCUUAAUUUCGACAGUCAUACAAAAACGGUCAAAACAACACAGAGGUUUUCCAAUGUGGUCUGGCCAACAGGGAAACUUCCAACAGAUAACCCAGAGUGUGGCUUUGACAAUGAACUUUGUGAAUGGCUAAACAAUGAGAUAUACAUGGUUGUUCUGCUGGUGGCGGUGCCACUGAUUGGAGUGGCAGCACUGAUCUUCAUCACUCUGCUGACUGUGCAGAAGAUCCGUCUGCAGAACAGACUAGAGGACAACAACUGGUGGCUCAUCAACUACAGUGAUAUCACUAUCCUCAAAGAGCCUAAGGGAGGGCAGCCGUUGUCAAUAAGUACAACUCCCAGUAAAAGUGGAAGCGGUGGCUCUCAGACCAUCCUCUCCACCAACAGCUAUGGUUUAAAGGACACAAACGGCAAAGAGGCCAUCUACACCACAAUCGGUCUGCUCCAGGUACAAAUGGUCAAAGAGCCUACUUCACAGGGAAAUCAUGUAGGUAUCAAAUACCUGAAGAAUCAGCUUCCACGUGACCUCAAGAAGUCAUCGCUCAUUUCUGAGUUAAAUAUGAUGAAGGAGCUGAAACAUGAGAACUUGGUGCAGUUUUUCGGGGUGUGUAAUGAACCCCCCAACAUCUGCAUUGUCAUACAGUACUGCAAGAAAGGUAGCUUAAAGGACGUUCUCAGGAACAGUGAAAUUGAGCUGGACUGGAUGUUUAAACUGUCAUUUGCCUACGACAUUGUCAGUGGUAUGGAGUACAUACACAGGAGCAGUCUGAAAUCUCAUGGCAAUCUGAAGCCAACCACGUGUCUCGUGGACAGUCGGCUGCAGAUCAAACUCUCAGGCUUCGGCCUCUGGGAGUUCAAACAUGGGACCCAGCACAGACUAAUCCCUCUUGAGAACCCCAAAUAUGAAGAGAUGUACUGGAUUGCUCCAGAGCUUCUGAGGGAAGUUUGCCUUCCAUUCAAUGGCACUCAAAAAGGAGACGUGUUCAGCUUUGCUAUAAUUAUGCGAGAGCUGAUUUACAGUACAGAGGUGGGCCCUUAUCAUGACAUACAGCUGGAACCAAAAGAAAUCAUCAAGCAGCUGAGGACCCCUGUAGCAGGUGAGCCCCUCAGACCAACUCUGUCAGCUCAGAUGUGUGAUGAAGCUCUAGUUACCCUGCUGACUGCCUGCUGGAGUGAAAACCCAGACCAAAGACCCCCUUUCAGCUCCAUCAGGAGAGGCCUACGAGACAUCAGCCCUGACAGCCAUGCUAACAUCUUGGACAACAUGGUGAACAAGCUCGAGAAAUAUGCCAAUCACCUAGAGGAAGUGGUAGAGGAGCGGACCACUCAGCUCACUGUAGAAAAGGCCAGAGCAGAUAAACUUCUCUCUAGUAUGCUGCCCAGAUACAUAGCUGAGCAGCUAAUGGCAGGGAAGUCAGUGGAGCCCAGGAGUUACGACAUAGUGACCAUCUUUUUCUCUGACAUUGUGGGCUUCACCACCAUGUGUGCAAUCAGCUCAGCCCUGGAGGUGGUGACAGUCCUCAAUGACCUCUACAGCCUGUUUGACGAAAUCAUCAAACUCUAUGAUGUUUAUAAGGUGGAAACUAUAGGAGAUGCAUAUAUGGUUGCAAGUGGACUGCCCUUAGCCAAUGGCACCCGACAUGCAGAGGACAUCUCCAUUAUGGCCCUCCAUUUCCUCAGUGCCAUUAAAAGAUUCAAAAUCAGACACCUGCCCAAUGAGAAGCUGGCUCUGCGGAUUGGGAUCAACUCUGGUCCAGUGGUUGCCGGGGUGGUGGGCACUACAAUGCCCCGCUACUGCUUGUUUGGAGACACAGUGAAUACUGCUUCCAGGAUGGAAAGCAGCAGUUUGCCACUGAGGAUUCAUAUCUCUCAGAGCACCGCUGAUAUCCUCUUGAAGAUUGGCUCUUUUGAACUUGAGGAGAGGGGAGAGAUUGAGUUGAAGGGAAAAGGGCUUCAGAAGACGUUCUGGUUGAACAGUAAAGUAGGUCUGAAGUUUCCUCUUACGCCGCAGCACUAUGAUGCAGAAGCAUGUCCAGAACCAGCAGCAGAGCAGGAGACAAAUAAACCAAAUCAAACUACAACUGAUCCAGAGUGUAAAGAGAGAGGAAGAACACAGAGAACUCACACUGUGGGUAAAAUGCCUGGCAUUCACACGCUGACUGUUCCUGACAUCUAG